CACACACACACACACACACACACACCUUGCGCAAACACCAUCACCGCACUCGCACCCACGGUCAGUUAGCUCUCGACCUUAGCUAGCGUACGGUACGAUGGGGGGAAAGGCGUUUCAUGCCCAUGAGUUCCCGGAGAAGCCGGAAGGUGAUGGGUGGGUUGCCUCGGGUUGGGGGUUGUUGAAAGCUGCAGUGGGUAAGAAAGUGCCCGAGGAAGCUGAUCUACACCGCAGGUGCGACGAGAGGAUAGGGAUGGAUGGCGUCAAGAUACCAGGCAUCAAAUGGGAAAAAGACCGCGGUGUCUUCGCUGAGGUUGUCAUUUUGGCGCGUGCGGCACCGAUGAUGGUACAGGCGGCAACGGCGAAAAUGGUACAGGCGGCAACGGCGAAAAUGGAAGAAGUGGCUAAAAAUAGACGGGCUUAAGUUAUACCUGUCUACUUGGGCUUUAAAAAAAAGUGAUACCUACUAGGCCGUGUGCGUCAAAUGUUUCCCGGUUUCCCAGUUGUUGCGUGGAGUGCGUCCAGUCCGUGGACUAAGAAAAAGGAAAAAAACGUUACUGAAAAAAAAGGAGAAAAACUAGAACCGUAAGGAAAUUUUCUACUGCAGCUAGCUUAUAAUUCGUCCGUAGACUAAUCCAACUAUGGUGUAACCUUUUAUACCAAAGAAAUGGGAAGGAAUAAAGAAGAGUAAUGCCACAUUGCUCUUUGCCUUGUUCUCUGCGUUUCCUUCUCCUUCUGAACACUAGGGCAUGUU